AUGCUGCGAGCCUUGAGUCAUAUCCUAGGAGGCACAGCCGCCCUGGAUGAGGGCGAAGCGCAGCUGAUUGAAUCAUUAAGGCCUUCACUCAACGCGGUCAUUGCUGCACUCGACGACAAGCUGACACAGAGAGGACUGGGCAGGAUCUUUGUGACGGGCGGCGAUGCCAUGCGGCGCUUCAAUAACAGGAUCAAAACCUCAAAGAACAUUGAUACGAAGAUCUAUGUUGGGCACGGGCAGAGCACGAAGCCAGUGGUGGAGCUUACCACCCAUGUAUGCGGCAAGACUGUGACCAUGAUGAUCGACUCCCGGAAAAACAUCCUGCCUAGAGAUGCGCACAAGAAGGCCGGAAGAGAGGCACGUGACAAGGGUUUGGGGCUCUUCGAUCAGCGUCUGUUUGAUUACUUGCUCGACGAGGGGCGUCAGCCUACGAUCCCAGACUACCUAGCCCUAUUCUACUGGGCCAAAGAGCGCAAGAGGUAUCUGCCCCCAGAGGAGCAGGGGGGCGAGAAACAGAAGGUCCCCUUCUCUCAGAAGAAGCUGGACGAGUGGCGGCAGGAGAUGCAGACUCAUCUGGCCUCCCUGUAG